CCCACAUAAACCUGACGUGUUGAAUGCAUAUUUAUAGGCUUAAGACUAGGACGAGGGAGCGUGGUUGAUUUUUAUUUACCUUAAAUUAAGGCUUAAUAAUCUAACAUAUUGGUGUUGUAUUUUAUUCAGUCUCACAAUGCUGGAGUUUUUGGAUGAUAUUAAGCGUAUGAAUAAACGACAACUUGUUUAUCAGGCAUUAAACUUUGGAAUGAUUGUAUCUUCAGCAUUAAUGAUAUGGAAGGGUUUGAUGGUUGUGACAGGAAGUGAAAGUCCCAUUGUUGUUGUACUGAGUGGAAGUAUGGAACCUGCUUUCCACCGAGGGGAUCUGUUGUUUUUGACUAACCACAAAGAAGAUCCUGUUAGAGUUGGAGACAUUGUGGUUUUUAAAGUUGAAGGUCGAGACAUUCCUAUUGUUCACAGAGUAUUAAAGCUGCAUGAAAAGGAAGAUGGCUCUGUUAAAAUUUUGACAAAGGGUGACAACAAUUCUGUAGAUGAUCGUGGAUUAUAUGCACCUGGUCAGCUGUGGCUGAACAAGAAAGACAUAGUAGGACGUGCAAGAGGGUUUGUCCCGUAUGUAGGAAUAGUUACAAUAUUAAUGAAUGACUAUCCAAAAUUAAAGUAUGCAGUGCUAGGCUGUCUCGGGCUAUUUGUUCUGGUCCAUCGAGAGUGAAAGGAAUAGAAAAUUCAAAACUGGAACAUGUUUCAUUUCAAACUCAUAACUGUUCAGUAUUCUCUUUAUAAAAAAACAACUUGUUUACAAUUAGAAAAGGUGAUAAUAAAUUGAUUCAAAAUUUUGCUGACAGUUACCUUAAACUUUUUUUUCAAUUAUAUGAAUAUUUAAUGUGACAGUCUAAUUCAUUUGUUUGUUUUUUUACUUUGUAUCUAUGUCUGUACAAAUUCAUUAGCUUAACCUUGACAUUAGAUGAAGGUUUCAAUAUUCCAAAAAAAACACACAAACACAUUCAACAGUUGAUUACAUUAAUUGAUUUAGAUUUACGUACAAAAUCUUGUCACUUUGCAUCAGUCUUUAUCUAAGAUGCCCACAGUGUUGUCCUUACUUGCUUACACACUUUCUAAGAUAGUCAGGGACAAUGUGGCAUUUGGGGGACAUAAAUUUUACCUCACUCUCUAUACCUCUUCCAGUAAGUAACUGUAUGUACUAUAUGUCUUGGAUUUGUCAGAGUGAUGAUAUUUGUGUCUAAAUAAUCAUUGACGUAUUUAGUCUGGGAUGUGAAUAAAGGUUUGUAACUGAUCCAUCUCUUAUUGUACUUUCUCCAAAGAAAGUAGUAUGAACACUUCAUAUUUUUCUUUAAUUAAAAAAUGAGUAUUUUAGAAUGUAAA